AUGUCGGAGGACGAAGCCGACAUUUUUAAGCUUCGUGUUGUUCUGCUCUGGUUCUUGAUUCUAAUUACAGGAAAGCUUGUGAUUGGGACCUCAGUUGAAACAGACAGGCAAGUUCUGCUGAGCCUGCGUUCUUUCCUCGAGCAAGAAAAUCCCAUUUCAGCCAAUCAGGUGAGGUACAUACACUGGAAUGCAAACGACACGUCACCGUGCGGGUGGCCCGGGAUUAGGUGCGACGGCUCAUCCGAACGCGUGACGGCUGUCGACCUCUCGGGCUGUAGCAUAGCCGGAAGCAUCUUUUGGAACUUCUCCGCCUUAACCGAGCUCUCGUACCUCGACCUGUCUCAGAACACGAUAGGUGGGGCACUCACGGAGGAUUUGGGCCGAUGCCUCAAUCUGAGGUUCUUGAAUUUAUCGCAUAACAUCAUGAGCGGCGAACUGAAUCUCACGGGGCUAAGGCACUUGGAAGUUCUUGAUUUGUCCGUUAAUCGAAUACAGGCCGAUAUCCGGCUAGCUGUGCCUUUUGAUUGCAGCCGUUUAGUGGCUGCGAAUUUUUCGGAUAAUAAUUUCACGGGUUCGGUCGGGAGCAUAUUCGAGACGUGUCGGAAUUUGAGGUACCUUGACCUCAGCGCGAACCGUUUGACCGGAAACUUAUGGCCCGGGCUCGAUAAAUUGGUGGAGGUUUCGUUAUCUGAGAACAAUUUUUUCGGUUUGGUGCUUGGGUGGAUUUUCUCUCGGAAUUGCAGCUUAAGGUCACUGGAUUUGUCUGAAAAUCAGUUUUCGGGUCGUUUUCCAGCCGAAAUUUCUAACUGUGUGAAUCUGAAUGUGUUGAACUUAGGUGGGAACGGGUUUAUCGGGUCCAUUCCUAGAGAAAUCGGGUAUUUGCCCGAUUUAGAAGCGCUUUACUUGGGCAACAACAGUUUCUCUCGAGAAAUCCCCGAGACUCUAUUAGGCCUCGGAAAGUUAUUGUUUCUUGAUUUGAGUAGAAACCGAUUUGGAGGAGACGUGCAGCCGAUUUUUGGGUUGUUUAAAACGGUGAAGUUCCUUUUAUUGCACCACAAUUCGUACUCGGGUGGUCUGUACAUGUCCGGAAUUCUCACUCUCCCGAACGUGUCUCGUCUCGACUUGAGCUUCAACAACUUCACGGGCCCACUUCCCGUCGAGUUUUCUCAAAUGCCGAGCCUAAAAUUCUUGAUUCUCUCAUCCAAUCGUUUUAACGGGACCAUACCUUCCGAAUACGGAAGCUUCAGGAAAAUCCAGGCCCUCGACCUCUCUUUCAAUACCCUGACGGGCACGAUUCCCCCGACCCUCGGAAAUCUAAAAUCUCUCUUGUGGCUGAUGCUCGCGAAUAACUCGCUCACGGGCGAAAUCCCGUAUGAAUUGGGAAACUGCAGCAGCUUGCUUUGGUUGAACCUCGCGAACAAUGGGCUCUCGGGCCCGAUCCCCCGCCAGCUGACGAGGAUCGGUUCAGACCCAAUGCCGACUUUUAUGGCCAACCGGGAGAACGACGUGAUGCCAGCUGGCUCGGGCGAGUGUCUGGCGAUGAAAAGAUGGAUACCGGCUGAUUACCCACCGUUUAGCUUCGUUUACAUUCUUCUCACCCGAAAAAAAUGCCGGAGUUUGUGGGACAGGAUUCUGAAAGGAUACGGUAUUUUCUCGAUUUGUUUGCCGGGCUCGAACGUUCGGACGAAUCAGCUCUCGGGAUACGUCCAGCUCAGCGGGAAUCGUUUGUCAGGUGAAAUCCCGGUCGAGUUAGGCAAGAUGUUGAAUUUCAGCAUGCUGCAUUUGGGUUUGAAUUCAUUUCACGGCGAGCUUCCUUCGGAAAUCGGACAGCUUCCUCUUGUUGUCCUAAACGUCUCGAGUAACGUGCUGUCGGGCGAUAUCCCGAUUCAGAUCAGUAACCUCAAGUGCCUUCAGAAUCUCGAUUUGUCGUAUAACAAUUUUUCGGGCCCGUUUCCAAACAGCUUGAACAACUUGAACGAACUCAUCAAGUUCAACGUCUCGUACAAUCCUUACAUAUCGGGAGCCAUACCCUCGACCGGCCAGCUGGCGACUUUCGAGAAGUCGUCAUUUCUUGGGAACCCACUUUUGCGGCUUCCCCCGUUUUUUACUGAGCCCACGACAACAAACCAUACGCCGUUUCAAACCAAUGUCGGGCCGGAUAAUACAAGCCCGAGGCACGUUGGCCCGUUUCUAUUCGUUGUAGCCUCGAUCCUCGCUUUCUUGGUUUGUGGGGUACUAACUCUCAUCGUUUGGCUAAUCGUGAAAAGCCCGAAGGGCGGCCCCGUUGGAUACAUUGUCGAAGAUUCGAAGGAUUUCGGUUCGUGCUCGACCGAGUCUUCCCCUUGGUGCUCGAACAUGAUCAAAGUCAUCCGUCUCGACAAGAAAACGGCCUUCACGCACUCGGACAUUCUCAAAGCCACGGGCAACUUUUCGAACGAGAGGAUAAUCGGAAUGGGCGGCUCGGGGACCGUGUACAGGGGAACCCUACCCGACGGGCGCCAGGUGGCGGUCAAGAAGCUCCAAUCGGAAGGUCUCGAAGGGGAGCGCGAGUUUCGGGCGGAGAUGGAAGUCCUUAGCGGGCACGGGCCCCACCCGAACCUCGUCACGCUGUACGGGUGGUGCCUCAACGGGCCCGAGAAGUUGCUCGUUUACGAGUACAUGGAAGGGGGAAGCCUCGAGGAGCUUGUCCCGAACUGGGCCCGACUCGACUCGACUAGGCGUUUGGGAAUCUCGAUCGACGUGGCCCGAGCGCUCGUUUUCUUGCACCAUGAGUGCUUCCCGAGCAUCGUGCACCGUGACGUGAAGGCGAGCAACGUGCUGCUCGACAGAAACGGGCGAGCCCGGGUCACGGAUUUUGGGCUGGCCCGUGUGGUGGAUGACGGGGGCAGCCACGUCAGCACGAUGGUGGCGGGGACGGUGGGUUACGUGGCGCCCGAGUACGGGCAGACGUGGCGAGCCACGACUAAAGGGGACGUUUAUAGCUUCGGCGUGCUGGCGAUGGAGCUGGCCACGGGGAGGCGGGCCGUGGACGGUGGGGAAGAAGAGGAGUGUUUGGUCGAGUGGGCCAAACGGGUUAACGUUGUUGAUGGGCUGCCGGUGGGCCUGGUGGUUUCGGGCCUGGAGGAUGGGGUUGAGAUGAUGAGUGGGCUGCUUCGGGUCGGGAUGUGGUGUACGGCCGAGAAACCGAAUUCGCGGCCCAAUAUGAAGGAGGUUUUGGCCCUGCUGUAUAGGAUCUGUUUUGGUACUGCUGCUGCUGAUGAUAAUGGCCCUUUGGCUUGA